GCUCCCAUACUCUCUCUCUCUCUCACACACUCACACACACACUCCCUCUCUCCUCUUUUUAUGUAUAAAUUCCUCCUCGUCUGAUCCAACCUCCCCAGUUAAACCACCAGCCGAGAUACCACCACCAAGUCCUCCGACAAGGGAAGCCAUGCGGCCCCAUGAGCCCGAGAACGGUGGAGCCGCCCCGGACGAGCCGGCGCCGGCAGACGCAACCUCCCAUCCGAAUCCACGUCCGCUCCCGCGGGCCACCACUCCGCUGGACCCGGUGACCCUCAAGUAUAUCUAUCUAACUGAAGCACGGAUCGAACGACAGUUCGAGGAGGUGGUGUACAAACUGAAGAUUGGUCGGCCAAUGUGGUGGUCCGGCUGCUGUGGCAGCGGCGCUGGUGGCGCCGAGAAGGUCAUACUGAACGGCAUCACCGGAAUGGUCGGCCCGGGAGAGAUGCUCGCCAUGCUGGGCCCCUCCGGCAGCGGCAAGACCACCCUCCUCACGGCCCUCGGCGGCAGGUUGGUCGCCGGCAAGCUCUCGGGCACGAUCACCUACAAUGGGCAGCCCUUCUCCCGUGGCAUGAAGCGGCGGACCGGGUUCGUGGCCCAGGACGACGUGCUCUAUCCGCACCUCACCGUCCGCGAGACGCUCGCCUUCACGGCGCUGCUGCGGCUGCCGCGGUCCCUGAGCCGGGCCGAGAAGGUGCGCCAUGCGGAGAAGGUGAUGGGAGACCUGGGGCUGGCCCGGGUGGCCCACACCAUGAUCGGCGGCCACCUGGUGCGGGGAGUCUCCGGGGGCGAGCGCAAGCGGGUGAGCAUCGCCCUGGAGCUGCUCGUGAACCCGAGCCUACUCCUCCUGGACGAGCCCACAUCGGGCCUCGACUCCACGACGGCCGCGCGGAUCGUGAGCGUGCUGCGAAGGCUGGCAGCCGAGGGCAGGCGCACCGUCGUCACCACCAUCCACCAGCCGUCGGCCCGGCUCUACCGCAUGUUCGACAAAGUGAUGCUGCUGUCGGAGGGCAGUCCCAUAUACUAUGGCCGCGCCUCCGACGCCCUCCACUACUUCUCCUCUAUCGGCUUCUUAUCGCCGCUCUCCGUCAACCCGGCCGAAGUCAUGCUCGACCUGGCCAACGGGAUUGCGCCGGAUUCCUGCAAGGAAAACUCGGCGACGGAGCCCGAUAAUGGAAGCGCAGAGCGGGAGAGGAAGUCAUUGGCGAGGGAGGAGCUCCGGUCCGCCUACGCCAGGUAUAUCGCCACCCGGCUGAAGGCCGACCUCUGCCGCAUGGAUUCUAGCAGCCAUUCUCAUGCCAAAGGAAGGAGGGAGGAGUGGUGCACAAGCUGGUUGGAGCAGUUCCUGGUGCUGCUGAGGAGGGGGAUAAAGGAAAGGCGAUACGAGGCCUUCAACAAGCUCCGGAUUUUCCAGGUCAUUAGCGUCGCCACCCUCGGGGGCCUGCUCUGGUGGCACACCUCGCCCUCCCAUAUCCAGGAUCGGGUCGCGCUACUGUUCUUCUUCUCCGUCUUCUGGGGCUUCUUCCCUCUGUACAACGCGGUCUUCACGUUCCCUCAAGAGCGCUCCAUGCUCAUCAAGGAGCGAUCCUCCGGCAUGUACCGCCUCUCCUCCUACUUCCUUGCCCGAACGGCUGGCGACCUCCCCAUGGAGCUGGCCCUCCCCACCGCCUUCGUCGUCAUCAUCUACUGGAUGGGCGGCCUCCAGCCCAGCGCCUCCAGCUUCCUACUCUCCCUCCUCGUCGUCCUCCUCAGUGUUCUCGUCUCCCAGAGCCUCGGCCUGGCCUUCGGCGCCAUCCUCAUGGACGUCAAGCAGGCCACCACCCUCGCCUCCGUCACCACCCUCGUCUUCCUCAUCGCCGGGGGAUACUACGUGCAGCACAUCCCCCGCUUCAUCGUCUGGCUCAAGUACCUCAGCUUCAGCUUCUACUGCUAUAAGCUCCUCCUCGGGGUCCAAUUCCGCGACGACGACGUCUACCAGUGCUCCCCUGGCGUCUUGUGCAGGGCGGCGGACUUCCCGGCGAUCAAGUCCGUGGGUCUGCACCACAUGUGGAUCGACGUGUGCAUCAUGGUCCUCAUGCUCAUCGGCUACCGCCUUAUCGCCUACUUGGCCUUGCAUCGUUUGCAGCCCAGGUGUUGAGAGAAGAAGGCGAAGCUACCAAGGUCAUCAUCAUACCGUCACCACUCUCCGUGAUGCAGAACAGAGGAUUUUCCUUCUCCCAAAGUGAUCGAGGAAUAACUCCACUCCUCGAUUGCAGCUAAUCUGGAAUGAUGGCAUGCAUGCUUUGAUGUCUCCCUAUCGGACUUGGAAACUGCAUGCAAGUCCUUGCCCGAGUCAACAUCAGGCAUGAGUUAAAUUUAGAAUACCGGAAUCUCCGAUUAGAACCGGUUGUUCAAAAGAUCCCCUGUUUUCUUAUAUACACAAUAUGGUAUCUUGCCUGGUUUUAUGCACGCUAUUGUAUAGUCUAAAUAACAAUGUGUGGCAACCCAAUCUGAGCUCUGUAACCUUUUUUUUUUUUUUUUCUUUUUUUUUCGAUACAAGGGUUGUUCACACUGAUCUUGUAUGAGUACAACCAAUAAAGUUAUAAAAAAAAAAUUGG